GAGACUCGGCAGCAGGCGCCGCCGGUUGCUACGGGCCGCGACUGGGGGAGACGUGCGGCCGCCGCGAAGGGAGGGCACCGCCGCCCCGAGAUGUCUCAGUUCACAAAUGAAGAUGAAGCUUUGUUACAGUCCAUGCUUAGACAAUUGCUGCAAAGCGUGAAGGAAAAAAUCACUGGGGCUCCGUCAGUGGAAUGUGCAGAAGAGAUUCUCUUGCAUUUGGAGGAAACUGAUGAAAAUUUUCACAACUAUGAAUUUGUGAAAUACCUUAGGCAGUAUAUAAAUAAUACUCUGGGCUCUGUGAUAGAAGAAGAAUCAGAAAAAUGUACUUCUACUCAAAAUCAGACUGAAAUUUCUGGCUAUGAUACUCUUGUCCAACAUGUUACUAAGAAGACACGUGAAUCAAAGCAAUACAGAGAAAUGAUGCAUGCCUUGAAGAAUGUCAUGAUGGUUGUAGUAGAGUCUUUAAUUAACAAGUUUGAAGAAGAUCGGAUGUGUAAUAAGGAGCUGGAUAGUAAAAGCAAGAAAAAAUGUCAAAGUGAUUAUUAUACAGACAACUAUUCUGACAGUGACUCUUCGUUUAAUCAAAGUUAUACAUUCAUGAGUCAAGAACAGUUGCAGCUGCUCGUGGAAAAGCUUGACCCUAUACAGCCUAAGGAGGUUCGCCAAGAAGCAUUGCAGAUGCUGUGCUUGUCCCCUCCAUCUGAUGUAUUGAACUCUGAGUGUUGGCCAAAUCUGCGUAAGCACCUGAUGAUGUCUCUGUCAGAUCCUGAUGCAAUAUUCAGUGAGAAAAUUCUUAGGUUUUAUGCGAAAACCUUUUCUUCAUCUCCAUUUAAUAUGGCAAGAGAAGUCUAUACAAGUUUAGCACAGCAUUUGGAGUUUUACUUCUUUUCUGGAGAAUAUUCUCUUCGUAUUUCAUCAGGUCUGGAUGUAUCUAAUGCAGACGUAAAUCAUAUACUUAAAAAGGUUCGUCUGCUAAAUGAAUACCAAAAGGAAGCCCCAUCUUCCUGGAUUCGUUAUCCAGAAAAGUACAUGGAGGAAAUAGUGGAAAGUACAUUGUCACUGCUGUCAGUAAAACAUGAUCCUAAUCAUCCUGCCUCUCCAGACUUCUUAAGUCCAAUCUACUUCUUGGCUCUGCUGGAUAUCAAGGCUAUGUGGUUUAAAAAGUGGACGCAUGCACAUUACAGCAGAACAGUGAUACUUAGGCUUUUGGAAAAGAAAUAUAAAUCUUUGAUUAAUGCAGCUGUCCAGCAAUGUCUUGAUUAUUUUGAAUAUUGCAAGGCAGCAGUUAGUAAAACUCCAAGAGUCAGUGGCUUCUCUCAGCAGCAUCUUAAUAACGAGCAGAAGUUUUUUUAUACUGGAUCAGAAUUGCAGUACAUCUAUUUUGUUCAUUCACUAUGCCUUUUAGGCAGAUUGUUGAUUUAUAAGCAAGGCCGAAAUCUCUUUCCAGUACAUCUGGAAAACAAAAAAGAUUGCAUAUCCCUAACUGAUCUGUUGGUAUUAUUUGCUCGACUUAUUUAUUACUCUCCAAGUUACUCAAAGGAAGCUUUGACAGCACAUACAGACAAUUACUCUCCAGCAAGUCUCGUUAUGGAGAUUCUGCAAGUUUUCUGUGAUCAAACAGGGUGUGCUGCUGACUGUUUAUAUACGGAUGCAGUGAUGGAUGCCCUACUUGAUCCUCUUCAAAGUUUACUGAAUGGUACAGAGGUAUAUAUAAAUUGCCUUGAAACCACUUUAAUUGAUGUAGCUGAUAUUUUGGCAAGGAUUGCUGCUGCAGAAGAUGGUCUUCCUGUACUUCUUUAUGGAGGAAGUAAAAACUCUGCAAAAGAAAGUAGUCCUACAGCUGUUCAUGUAAUUGUUCAGUUUACAAAGAAACUUCUUCAUGACGACAUUUCUCUUUUAUCUGGAUCCGAGCUUUUGCAAGUUGUUAAAGGAGCUUUCAUUUUUGUAUGUCGUCAGAUGUACAGAACAUGUGAAGGCCUGCAGAUGCUAAUUCCUUAUGGCUUGCAUGAAUCAAUUGGAGAGGCCUGGAAAAAGGCAAGUUUGCUUUCAGAAAGAGUACCUACUCCUGUAACUGGUGCAGACUGCACAUCAUCAAUAAGUCUAGACUCAAAAAAUGUUUUGUUAUGGGAAGAGACUUUGCUAGAUGCCUUGCUAAAUUUUUCAGCCACACCUAAAGGACUAUUUUUGCUUCAUAGUACUGGGGCCAUGAGUGAUUGUGUGAGCUUUAUGUUCAACAGUUUAUCAAAGAAACACCAGACAAAUGAACGUGAAGAAUUUGGUAAUGGAGUGAUUGUUGCACAAAUGGCGACAACACCAACAGCUGCUGUAGCUCUACAGAGUUCAGGGUUUAUAAAGGCCUUUAUAACUGAACUGUGGGCUCUUUUGGAGUGUGGAAAAGAUGAUGUGAGAAUAACUCAACCCAAAUCUACUCCAGUUGAUCCUAUUGACCAAAGCUGUCAGAAGUCUUUUCUGUAUCUGAUAAAUUUGCUCACUUAUCCUGCGGUUUUUGAGCUACUGAGUGAACAGGAUAUACCAAAUAAACCAAUGUAUUCACACCGUGAAGUACCUACAGACAUAAUUAACGUCAUUGACAGAAUUAUAAUUGUGAACUCAGAAGCAAAAAUCCAUUCCUUAUUCAAUUACGAACAAUCGCAUAUCUUUGGUCUACGGUUGUUAAGUGUGCUAUGCUGUGAGCUUAAUACCCUUUUGCUCUUGGAAACUCAGUAUAAAGUGUCACAGGUUUUACUGACUGCUCAGGAAGAAAAUGUCACAGAAGCUUCAGAAGGACCAGGAGAUUUUAUCGUUGAUAGUCUCUCAGUUGAGAGAAACCAUGUUCUUGUCAGAAUAAAUCUUAUUGGAGGACCACAGGAAAGAAUUUUGCCUUUGAGAGCGCUAGAAAAGGGCAGUGAUCCUUAUCCUUGGCCAAUGUUUUCAUCAUUCCCUUUGCCAAAGUGUUAUCUUGCAGAAGUUCCUAGGAAAGCUGAUUUCAGACAAGAUAAAGAUCUUGACGAGUUGAUAUCAAUCUUACAAAAUCCAGGUGGACAAACUGAGUGGGCCGAAAUUUGCAGAAGGCAAUUCUGCAAAAUCAUGAAAACCAGACCAGAUAUCAUCAGUGGAGCAAUUUUGGCAGAAUUAAUUGAAAAAUUUGUUUUACAUCUUUCUGAGAGUCGAUCGAAUUGUUAUUUCAGUAUAGGAAGAUAUGAAGCCACAGAUGUAGACAUGAAGAAAGAAAGCCUUUCAUCGGUGCAGCAGCUUGGUAUUGAAAUGACAGUCAGAUAUGGAAAAUAUUUGAACUUGCUAAAAGAACAUGCUGAAAAUGAGUUGUGCUUCGUGCUAAUGAAUUGUGAACAGUUUCUGAAACAACAGCAAAGAACUGUGGUAUCCUCACUUCGCUGUUUGCAGGGACGCUAUGCUGGCUAUGACUGGUUUGCAUCUUCUGUGUUCCUCAUAAUGUCAGGGGAUGGAGAGAAAACUCUAACGUUUCUUCAACAAUUUUCUCAUCUUCUUGUUUCAGCAUUUCUCUGGAUACCAAGACUGCACAUGUCUAUGCACCUGCCUAUUACCACAGUGGAAUCUGGCAUCCAUCCAGUCUACUUUUGCACUGCUCACUACAUUGAGAUGUUGCUGAAAGCUGAGUUGCCACUUGUCUUCUCUGCCUUCCACAUGUCUGGUUUCACUCCAUCCCAGAUUUGCCUACAAUGGAUAACUCAGUGUUUCUGGAAUUACAUGGACUGGAGUGAGAUCUGUCAUUACAUCGCUACUUGUAUUUUCCUUGGUCCUGACUAUCAGGUUUAUAUGUGUAUUUCUGUGUUCAGACACCUACAGCAAGACAUCCUGAAGCACACAGAAGCCCAAGAUCUCCAGGUUUUUCUUAAAGAAGAAGCACUCCAUGGAUUUCGAGUGACUGAUUAUCUAGAAUACAUGGAAAGCUUGGAGCUGAUCUACAGACCAGUGCUGCUGAAAGACAUGAGGAAUAUCGGAGUACAGAGCACGUAGAUCAAGCAUGACAGAUUUUCUGGCUGUGGUUACAUUCUGUAAAAGAAUGUUGAUUAUUUCAUAUAAAAAUAUGCACUAAAAUAAGUCAGGCUGUGUAUAUGUACAUACUGUAAAAUAAGGAGGGUUUUCAGAAUAUAGUUUUCACAAAAGGUCUUCACUGAAAUUAGAUGAUCUAAAAACACAGUAUUUUCCCAGGCUGAUCACAUGUAUAGCGUCAUUUUUAUUUGGCGUAAAGCAGAUUCAGGACCCACCUGUAGAUCGUUGAAAUUUCUUCUUUAAAAUGCCUAGAACCUGUUUGCAAAUCAUUCCAUCACUGUCAUAUUCAUGCAGCACAGUCCUAAAACCUUUGUAUGGGUCUGACAAAGUGAUUUUUUUUGUUGUUUUUUUUUUUUAGAAGCAACUGUUAGUGCGUAAGUCAUAUGCAUGAGAAGUGAACAAAUGAAAAAUAAAUCUCUGUACACAGGUCUUUUGUCUUUAUAAACAUGGUUGAGAAAGUGGAGUGAUCAAAUGCAUGGAAUGAAAGAAGACUGGUAAUUCUGCCUUACACUUUUUACCAGUGUAGGUAAAAUUUUGACAUUGUUGAAGUUGACUGAAUUUUAGAACAAACGUGGUUUUCUUGAAGAACACUGUAUCCCAUUUACUCUAGGAAACGCAGCUAAGUAAAUAUUCUAACAGCUUUCUUUUCUGUAUUACAUUAUGUUGCUGUUAAGUAUUAUUUAAGAAAUUAAGAAAAUUAAGAAAUGUAAGUAUUUGUGCAGCAGUCAGUAGUUGUUUUCUGAAUACAUAUUUAAAAGUACCAAACAUGAUGUUGAGUCAAUAAAUAACAAUAAAUUAGAUAGCAAUAUGUGUGUAAAAUUAAUUAAUAAAUAGCACUGGUUUUGAUUGAAAUUAUGUCCUAUAAGAUGAUAGUUUCUGGCAAGGAGGAGAAAUUCCUUGAGCAUUUGCAAGUAGGUAGGUUGUAGAUAGAAAAUAAGAAGUUAUCAUAUUGUCCUGUUACUGUUUUUUUUACUGUCAUCAGGUCUACAUUAAAGUUUCAAAAAAAUGAAUAUACCAUGUAGAAAUGUCACCUUUAAAAUGCCCACAUGAGAUGAGAUGAAAAGUAGACUUUUAAGAUAGAUAAUGGUUUACUAACUGCAGAACUUCAUAGUCACAUGCAAAUAAAACCUAAUAUUCAAAUAGAAUAAAAAAUUAGGUAUAAUUUCUGAUAACUGACAUCAUGAAAUGGAUGGGGAGAAAACUGUGGUCUCUUCAGUAUGUAGCUGAUAACAGAGUUCUCCCAGUGAAGAAAAAAAUUAAAUGAGACAGAGCAAGUUUUCUUUGCAUAUACUUAAGACUGACCUUAGUGGUCACUGUGGACUUUGUUUCAUUUCCCCUUUCUCUUUUUACUAUCUCCACCACAGGAAAAGUACGUAAAGCACAUCCUAGCAGUCACCAGCUAAGCAGAAGCUUCUUCUCCUCUCUCCCUCUACACCCUGUCUAGUAUCUGCAGAUUACUUAUUCUUUUCAUCUGUGCUUUUAAGAAUUCUCUCAGUAGACACAAAUUCCCUCUGCUCACAAUCUCUCUUUCACUCUUUUUUUUUUUUUUCCUUCUUUACUACCAGUGGCAUUGUGGUGGUGAGGGCUUUCAUCUGUUUCUUGCUUACUACAUCAGUAUAAUUUUCCACUAUGCUGACUUCAGAAGUUUCAGUGUCCUUUUGCACAGGUGUAAGGCACCCAUCUUUUCUGAAAGUAGCCUAGAGUACAACUGGAUGACCUUUUCUAGAUUGUCUAUUAAUAAUUUUAUACCGGGUGAUGGAACAAUGCAUAAAAAGGCCCAAAGGCAGUCUAGAUAGGUACUAUAACUGAUGCAUAAUUACUCUUUGUAACUGAACCAAAGUAGCUUUCCCUGUGUUACGAGUUAGCUCCCAAGCUGUUGAUUAGGCAGUUACUGUCAUUUUAUCUUCUGUUUUAGAAGUGGGAAGCAGUCUGCUUCCAAAAGUCAUAGACAGUAGGCAAGUCCAAGAAUUAAAGCUGAGUUAAUGAAAGAAAGAAGGUAAUGGCUUUAUCAAAGAUUUUGAACAGAGGGCUUCCUCUUUAUAGACCCUCCACACUAAUAUUGAAUCUAUCUUCUUAUUAGGAGAGCUAUCCUUUCUUGGAAUACCAGUUUAGUUUCAGCAAAAGUAAGUGUUGCACUGCUUCAAUUUUAGAGUGAAAUGCCCUUCUCCUGUAAUUAUCUUUAAAUAAAUUUUUGCUUAUGGUAUUUACUUCACCUAGCAAGUUAGUAAAUUGUUCUGUAUCUUAUAAUAUAAUUGAUGUCUUGAUAUUUCCAAAGAAGUUUCUUCAUUUUAAAUGAAACAAGAUGCAUCUUCUCUAGCAAAAAGUUACUUAUGAGCUGUAUUCUUACCAGAAUAAGUCCUUUCUGGGGAGGUGAAGUCUAUGUAGUCAGCAUAAUUGAUCAACUGUCUACUGCAAGUAGUUUAAUAACUAAGCAGUAUAAAUUCCCCAAAUGUAUGCUAGUUAUGUAGGCAACAUUACAACGUGAUGUUAUAUAAUGAAAGUUAAGCUUUAGGUAGUCCUUUGUUUGGUUAAAGAACUAAGGAAAUAAUUACAGUGUUUCAUCAACACCUUCAGUAACAUUCUCUUUACAGAAUGUUUGGACUUUCAGAAAUACUUUGAUUUGAAUUGGGAAUAUGAUAAAUCACAUCUUCUUUUAAAAGACAAAAGAAACAACAAAUGUAGAAUGUAAACUUAACCAAUAUCAUCUCCACUCUUUCCUGAGUUACACUAAACAGUACUGUGGAGUUCUUGAAAAAAAACUUCACUAGAUAAAGUGAGUACAAGAGCACAUACAUAUUUAAAUUAUAAAAUACAUUACAAUCUGCAGGUGCAUUUCUUCUUUUUUUUUUAUGCAUUUCAUAACUUCACGGGUUUAACUUUUCAUGUCUUCAAAAAAAAAAAAAAAACAUUUUGCAUAUUUUUGGCCUUCUGUGAACUGUGUUGGUCUACUUACAUUGAUAAAAGAGUCUGGAAAGUAUGAGAACAGAAUUCUGAAAAUAGCUGAUGGAACCAAGUAUUUGACACCAUGGUCAAAGAAUGUUAAGAAUUGCAUAAAUCUGUUCUUUUAACCUUUAUAAAAGUCUCUUUUUAAUAAUAAUGAAA